CUGAGAAACAGAAACAGGAAGGUGUGUGUGUGUGUGCAUCUGUGUGUGUGUUCGUCAGGCGCAAAGAGAGUCCGAGCGUCGCUCCGCGGCAGCUCUCCUCAUCCUGAGAGUUUAUCGCUUUUUAGAUGCUGGUGUGAGCGAGUGUGUGUGUGUGUGUGAGGCUGUGUGACAUGACUGAGGAGGGACAUUAGUGACAGAAAAACCACAAGAUGGAUUUCCAACAGAGGGCAGCUCUGGAUAUCUCCACCAAGAACCCUCAGGACGACUUUGAGAUCCUGCUGAGAGUCGGAGGAGGAACCUACGGAGAAGUUUACAAGGCUCGAAACAAACAGAAUGGAGAACUGGCAGCUAUUAAAGUCAUCAAGAUGGAGCCGGAGGACGAUUUCUCCAUCAUCCAGCAGGAGAUCGUCAUCGUGAAGAGCUGCAAACAUCCCAACAUAGUGGCGUACUACGGCAGCUACAUAAGAGCCAAUAAACUGUGGAUCUGCAUGGAGUUCUGUGGAGGAGGCUCCCUGCAGGACAUCUACCACGUGACCGGUCCUCUGUCUGAGCCACAGAUCGCCUACAUCUGCAGGGAGAUGCUACAGGGCCUGGACUACCUGCAUGCACAGAAGAAAAUCCACAGAGACAUUAAGGGUGCCAACAUCCUCCUCAAUGAUCAGGGCGAGGUCAAGCUGGCUGAUUUUGGGAUCUCAGCUCAGAUCACAGCCACUCUGGCCCGGAGGAUGUCCUUCAUCGGGACGCCAUACUGGAUGGCCCCAGAGGUGGCAGCAGUGGAAAUAAAAGGCGGCUACAACGAACUGUGCGACAUCUGGUCUGUGGGCAUCACAGCCAUCGAGCUGGCAGAGCUGCAGCCGCCAAUGUUCGACGUCCACCCGCUGCGAGUCCUGUUUCUCAUGUCCAAGAGUGGCUACCAGCCUCCGAAACUGAAGGACAAGUCUAAAUGGUCGUCCAACUUUUAUAACUUCGUGAAGGCCAUGCUGGUGAGGAACCCCAAGAAGAGACCCAGCGCCGCCAAGAUGCUCUCGCACAUGUUUCUGACGCAACAGUGUCUGAACCAGGAGCUGACUCUGGACCUGCUGGAGAAAUUCCGACACCCGGAGAAGCUGAAGACCUGCCACGUGUCCGAGGACGAGGAGAUGGAGAAGACGCCUCCUGGAUCUUUGAGGAGGAUUCAGUCCAUCAACAAACACAACCGAGCAGAGAGGACCAACUCUGACAUCAGCUUGGAACAGAUCUACACUAAGAGGCCUUCGAAGAGAGAGUCACCAAGCAUAACGUUAAGACCAGCGACUGGAUCAACAGGCAGCUCCAAGAGUCCAGACAGGGACCAGGACACAGAAUCAGACGAUGACUACGACGAUGUGGACGUCCCGACGAUGCAAGCCACCGGCCUCAUAAUGCACAGCGAUGAGACGCCACCUCCACUUCCUCCAAAGCCCAAAGCUCGGACCAGCUCAGAGGAAAGCAUGGCGAGCGAAGACGAUCGAACGAGAAACCCCUGCUCCCUGUACGCCCCCAACACUUCCCCCCUCAUACGGACGUCCAGCGGGACGCACGUCCGACCUCCACCCCACCCACGAGCCUCCAGACACUCGGACCCUGCAUCCUUAUCUGUCCACGUAAAUGAGAUCCCAGCAGACCUCCUUCCUCCUGAGCUCCCCCCUAAAGGCAUUCGCAGACGGCCAACACCAUCAAAGGACCGUGCUGAGUGUGCCAGCCCCGUCAUAAAGAAACCUCCCGUCUACUUUAAAAAGAUCUUCCACGGAUGUCCUCUCAAAAUUAACUGCUCCACCACCUGGGAAAACCCCGCCUCCAAAGACCAUCAUCUGAUCCUGGGGGCGGAGGAAGGGAUCUACACCCUGAACCUGAACGGCUCCGAGGCCACCAUGGAGCUGUUGUAUCCUGGGAAGUGCACGUGGGUUUACACCAUUAAAAACAUCCUCAUGUCUGUAUCAGGUAAAUCCUCGCAGCUCCACUCACACACUCUGAAGGAGCUGUACGAGCAGGCGAGGAGGGACCAGAGGAUGGUCCCCUUGGCGACUCACAGACUGUUACCUAGAAAAUGUCCAGUGACGACUAAAAUCCCCGACACCAAAGGCUGCAAGACCUGCUCAGCUGCUGAUAACAUGCAGGGAGGAGGCGCGUUCCUGUGCUGCGCUCUAGAGUCCAGCGUGGUGCUGCUGCAGUGGUACGAGCCCAUGCACAAGUUCAUGCUAAUUAAGCAUUUCGACUUCCCCCUGCCCAACCCCCUGAGGGUGUUUGAGAUGGUGGUGGUGCCCCAGCAGGAGUACCCCCUGGUCUGUAUCGGUGUGUCUCGGGGGUCCAGCCCCAACCUGCCGGUCGUAGUAGAAUAUAUCAACCUCAACUCCAACACGUCCUGGUUCACCAACGCCGGCCUGGAGAAACCGUGUCCAGAUGUUGUCCAGGUUAACCAGCUGGACAGCAGCUCUCUGCUCAUCCUCAUGGAAAAGACCGUCCAAAUCGUGGGUCUGGAGGGGGAGUUGAAGGGCAGCAGGCUCCAGCCCCACGAGACCACCUUCACCCACGACGUGGACUCCAUAGUUUAUUUUGAGGACACGCUGCUGGUGGUGUGGCGUCACGGUUGGCAGAGGAGAGGGAGAAGUUUCACAGACGUGCUGGAGGAAACCACCGACCACAGGAAAAUCUACAGACUGGUGCAGUCAGACAGGAUGGUCGUCUUGGAAACACACCAGACCGAGGACCAGUCGGGGCUGUCCAACCUGUACGUCCUGGAAAUUGCUGAGAACUAUGUCAUGCUGCCCUGACUUCCCCCUGCACCGCGUGGGGAAACUCCCCAACCCUGAUUCUGUGUGAAUGUCUCGUCCGGGAUUCAAAGCAUUCGAGGGAGGAGGACAGAAACAUUUGGGUCCGUCAUCAUUAGGCUUGACUGGCACGACUGUGCCACAGUGUUUAAAAUUUCAAACAGGAAGAAGGAGGUGAUGGCAUUGUUGUGUUGCUGCCUUUGUCCCUCAGCCUGAGGGAGUCCACUCUUAUUUAUGUUACUUUGGUUUGUGAGAUUCAGAACAAUCUUGACUGCUGAGAAAAACCCUAAGUGAACAGAGCGGGGAGGCGACGAGUGUCUCCUUCCCGUCUGUCACAGUGUUGUCGAUCAGCAGCUGCCUGCAGAGACUGAACGCUGUGGAGGAAAAAAAGGACUUGCAGCACACGGCGGCGCUGCUCAUGCUGUGUGUUUGGUGACCUGAGCUUGUAUGUCAGUGCUGGAUCAGAGAUGCACACCUUUUUACUGCUGUUACACUGUAAUAAAGUUAAUGAACACAA